CGUUCCCGCGACAGCAAAACCAUGCAAUCAUCCAUCGUACUGCUGGCUACCAUUGCCAUUGGCUGUUUCUUUCUCGAUCCGAGCGCAGGACUCAUGAAGGUGAUAGUGGAUUUCGACCGGUGGGAGCACGUGAAUGGUUCGGACAUUUUCAACGUGGAAAAACUACGUGUACGCAAGUUUAACCGCACACUCUCGGUACUGAACGGAACUGGAGAGCUGCUGAUCGAUCUGACCGACAAAUACGAGUAUGGGCUUAGCUUCUCCCGUAGUGCCCAGGGCAAUAACCAGUACGAUGCGUACCCGAUGAAGCUUGCCUCACGACCAUUUUGCGAGUUUAUAAAAACGCAUUACCACGAGUAUCAGCAUAUAUUUUUAAACUUUACCAAUCUGCCGUACGUACCGGAGGAGGGAAUGUGUCCAUUUCCCAAGGGUGAGUACUGGGUGAAGGAUGCGUAUAUAGACUCUUCCGUCAUACCGAUCGUCGUGCCGGAAGGGUUUUGGCGUGUUACGACCGAGCUGCGGAUCAUCGAUACGGGUGAGAUUGCAGCACGCGGUCACAUGUAUGUGAAGCUGACUAAGGAGUAUGUUUGA